CCGUCUGGAACAGCAGCUAAAAACGAUGCAGCUGGAAGAGCAACUGGAGCAUGAACGGGUACGCAGCGAAAAGCUACGAAUUGCCAACGAGCAAAAUCACAUCCGCCGGCUGCAGCUGCUGGCCAACCUGGAGAACGAUCACAAACUGUUUAACCCGUACGACGGUCAGCGGAAAGCGUUUUCGGAAAAUGGCGUCAAAUCGACGGCGGCUGCAGGGGGCGGACCCGCGGCUAAAGCGGCUGCUCUAGCACCAAACUCACUGUCAUCCGGCGACGAGCGGACCAAGGUUUAUCGAUAUUUUAGCAACUCGGCUCAGAACGAAAAGUUUAAUGCUCCCUCGGCAUUCGCCAGCGGCGUCGGAGCGGCCUACUCAUCCGGGCUGUCGUCCGAGCAGGAUUAUGAAUCUUCCAGUGAAACCACAAUCAAUGCUCCGUUUCCUGCCAGCCAUCGGUACCAGUUCUGCAAGACCUGCCGGGGUGAUAUCGACCGAUCGUUUCUUCCACUGCCGCCGACGAAACACCACCCAAAGGCAACAGAUCGGAAACAUUGCGCUAAUUGUAAGCGGACAGGAGCAGGGAAUGAUCCGCGAACCAUGGUAGGGAACGAUCUACGACGUUGCGCGAGAUGCGAGCGAACGAUUAAGCGAUCGUUGGUGGGAAAAGGAUCGUCACUCUGUGCGGUUUGUCAACUAACGAAGGAUGCCCAUGGACAGCCACGGAGAACGAUGCGAGCAGCGGCGGCGGCGGUGCGCCCCUCGGUCGCGCUGGACACCGACGAUCCGGUGGAGGACAGUGAAGCAGUGAACGAGCGCGAAACCAACGCCGGGUCACCCGUGAAUCCGUACAAAAUUAUUGAUGUGCAGUACCACGAAAGUGACAACGAACACGGAGACACGGCCGUGCUGAAUCCGGUGAUUGUGAAGCAAAACUAUCGUCAACCACCGUAUUCGCUAAACAUUUCGGAGAACUCACUCUUUCAUCCCAACAAAAGCGCCCCGGAACCGGUGCUAUCGGUGAACGUGCGCAACGGGGAAGUUUUUGUCGACAGUAAGCUCCGAUCGCGUCCUGCCAGCCCGGCUCGCCAACCGGUCCAGGACGAGCGAGAUGACGAAAGCUCAUCGGCACUCGGGGACGAUCUGCUCGAUGAGCGAAUCGCGAAAUACGUACGCCACUACAACACGCUUUGGAUGAAGCGUGGCCACGGUAGGAAGCAGAACACACAUGUUUCGCACUCGCCGGCUCGACGGUCACACCAUCACCAGCCACAGCAACCCACCUGCGACCACCAUCAGACGAUGGCGAAGAAUUUUGCCUCCGGUUCGACGCUGCCAUCGCUUUCGCCACCGAAAGUGUACGUCAGUGAUCGGCCGGAAAAGAUGAAGAGCGACGGCCUUAAGCUGGUGGAGAAAAAAUGGGAGAUACCGGCCGUCGAGCGAACGAAAGUGAAUAAUACUGGUUCGACGCGAGUCCUCACACAGCUCGGGGCGAUCCGAAAACAACUACAGCUGGAGCAGCUCCAAAUGGAUGGACCAUCAUCGUACAAGAAGAAUUAUUAA